AUGGCAAGUUCUGGCUCAGUUGGAUCUCCGUCAGGUGGCAAAGUUACAUUCAAAAUAACGCUAACAAGCGAUCCUAAACUUCCAUAUAAAGUGAUGAGCGUUCCGGAGAAUGCGCCUUUCACAGCUGUCCUGCGAUUUGCAGCAGAAGAAUUUAAAGUUGAUCAUAAUACUAGUGCUAUAAUUACGGAUGAUGGCAUUGGCGUGAACCCAGCCUCAGAAAUAUUUAUGAAAUAUGGUGCUGAACUGCGACUUAUUCCAAGAGACAGAGUUGGAAAUGCUGAUGAUCAGUAA